CGGAGAACAGACAUAAACAAAAAUGGCGACUAAUUUUCUGAACAACGAAGGAAAAGUUUGUCCGGCGAAAGUUUUACAAGGAAUCCCUGUCAUCAGCAACAAGAUAAUGGAAUAUCUUCCUAUGACGUCACUUCACGCCUGUGCUCGGGUUUGUCGUAUCUGGAACGAUAUUGUCAAAAGCAUCAAACAGAAGAGGAGGGAUUUAAAAUGGAUUUGUAUUCAAGGAACGGGAAUGGAAGACCAGCAAGUUCAGACCAUUUCAUCAGAACUAAUGCUUCUGUUCGAGAACCUGACAUGUGAGCCUGCCUAUUUGUUUGUGUUUUGUACCUCUGCCCUGUUUGAGCAACAUCUUUAUGCUCCUUCCAAAAACCAGACACGAAGACCUCGCCAGUGUCAACAGCAGGCUUAUGAUGUAAACAGUUAUAUUACGUCCCUCGCACCUCCAUCCUGCAGGUGUUAUUCAGUGGCAGCAGAUGGUAUCAUUGGAAGCACUGGCAACAAAUCAGUAGAAAUAGAACACUCCCCACUGGCCGUGACAUGUUUAGCAAUUCCCAAAAUAAAUGGACUGGAAAUUUAUGAUUUUUUUAUUGAUCUGAACAAACACAUUUCUCCACUGAAUCCAGAAAUCCCAGAGCAGUUUAAUGUAGAGGAUGUGACUUCAGUGCCAUGUGAUCAGGAGGUCAAGGCCAUUCUGUUUUUCUCUGACCUUCACUUCUGUCCCCAAGAGAUCCAGCUUGGCCUCUUGGACUACUACAAUGGAUGCCCGGUGGUAGGGGGUUAUGUUGACCACAUUCUGUCCACUGAUUUGGAUAAUGACUCAGAUGUUCCAGACUCCCAGGUUCGCUGCAUCGCUUUGUGCGGACCCAAUGUACAUGUGGCUUCUGUCGUCAUCAAGGACGAUGUCAGUGACCAAAAGCAAAUCGAGAAAGAACUCCUUAAACUCAAGGACUGCAACCUACCAAUGGACUCUACAUUUGCCUUUAUGUUUGCCUGUCUCGGCAGGGGGAAGUCAUUUCAUCGUAACAAGGAAAACGUGGAGUCCUCUAUAUUUAGGAAGGUUUUCCCUCAGACACCAUUAUUUGGUUUUUUUGGCAAUGGAGAGAUUGGCAUGAAUUACCUACAACCGUUUGAUUCCACUGGAAGCUUUUCUAAGUCAAAAAAGACAAAGUUUAGCAGGCACCAUCCAAAACUCUCUCAUGCUUAUACGUCUAUUUUCUUGUUAGUGUCUGUUACCUCUGGCUGAA